UUUUUUGUUUGGGAAGAAAAAUUAAGGCGGAAGGCGCGUAGUGUAGAGGCAGCGACGUUACAACAGCAACACACAGAUUUCAGAUCCAAACCUUCUCUAAAAACCAAAAAUAUACCAACACACACACACACACACACACAAGCUCUCUCUCUCUCUCUAUCUCUUUCUUUCUCUCUCUUGCGGCACUUGAAUUCAAUUCUCAGUCCAAUUGAAUUCUAGUUUAUCAGAUCCAAUCAUCAGCUCAAUUUACAUUCCUCCUCCUGCGUUGAUCUCUCUUUAUCCAUAUCUACAGAUUUAUCAGCUGAUUUUCUUCCAUCCACACCUGAUUUUCUUUUUUUUGUGUGUGUGUAUAUAGAGAUUUUUUUAGUUAGAUUAAUUUUUUCAGUUUUAAAUGAAGACGAAUAUGAAUGGAAUGGUGGAAUGCAGCGUCUGCCAUUCCAAAUUGGUGUCUCCGAGCGCUAAAACAGUGUCUAAGGCGUACGAUCGCCACCGGAAUGAUGUUUCGCUGAAAACUCGCGCCUUUAACAUCUUCCUAGUUGGUGGCGAUUGCGUUUUAGUCGGCUUACAGCCUAUAUUGGUGUAUAUGUCAAAAGUCGAUGGGAGUUUCAAGUUCAGUCCAAUUAGUGUGAACUUCCUGACUGAGGUUACAAAAGUCGUCUUUGCAGUUCUCAUGCUCUGUUUUCAGGCACGGCGUCAAAAAGUGGGAGAGAAACCCUUGCUCUCUGUCUCUAUAUUUUUCCAGGCUGCUCGUAAUAAUAUGCUUCUGGCUGUUCCUGCUCUGCUUUAUGCUAUAAACAACUAUCUGAAGUUUACCAUGCAGCUAUAUUUCACUCCUGCAACAGUUAAGAUGCUGAGUAACCUGAAGGUUUUGGUUAUCGCAGUUUUGUUAAAGAUAAUAAUGAGACGUCGCUUUUCCAUAAUUCAGUGGGAGGCUCUUGCACUGUUGCUUAUUGGAAUUUCAGUCAAUCACCUGCGCUCUCUACCAGAGGGUACUAGCGCUAUGGGUCUUCCAGUGGCAACAGCUGCUUAUUUAUACACAUUAAUUUUUGUAACUGUUCCUUCAUUGGCUUCAGUCUACAAUGAGUAUGCUUUGAAGAGCCAAUUUGAGACUAGCAUUUAUCUUCAGAAUCUAUUUCUGUAUGGUUAUGGUGCAAUAUUCAACUUUCUUGGAAUACUUGGGGCUGCCAUUUUCAAAGGACCUGAUAACCUGGAUAUCUUGCGGGGACAUUCAAAGGCAACUAUUUUUUUAAUAUGCAACAAUGCAGCUCAAGGGAUCUUAUCCUCAUUUUUCUUCAAAUAUGCAGAUACAAUUUUGAAGAAGUAUUCGUCAACUGUUGCAACAAUUUUUACUGGGAUUGCAUCUGCAGCAUUGUUUGGUCAUACUUUGACAAUAAACUUCAUCUUAGGAAUCUCCAUUGUGUUUAUCUCCAUGCAUCAGUUUUUUUCACCCCUUUCAAAGGUCAAGGAUGAAGUACAGAAUGGUGGUAUGGAAAUGAUGAAAACUCAACAUAACUUUAGGUCUAAGGAUGCAUCCUUUGUGGACAUGGCAGCUGGGGCUCAUGACGAGGCUAGCCAUCGAGUGGAACAUGAUGAAAGAACCCCUCUCCUUCCACUAUAGAGUACUUAUAGGAAUACUACUGGGAGCAACAUUCAUUGGUUGUUGACACUAGAGUUGAGAAUUGGACCGGUCAAUAGAUUUUAGUACAAAGAUAACAGGGAUUUUCUCUUCUUCCCUUUGGAAAGCUGCUAGGAUUCUGUUCCGUGAGAGUCCGCCCAGUUGUUGAAAGACGUGCAGCAUCAAAGCACACUGAAAUAUACAUACAAGGAUGGAUGUCUUGAUUCCAUGGUAAUGUGCCCGGAUCGUUUAUUAGUAAAAACACUGCUGUGACUCAUCUGCACAAGGGACAGUCAAAUUGUUAUCAAUAUGCAUUCGUUCAAUUUUAUUACGAGUAUCAUUUACAAAUUUUGUGUCCUUUAGGCAGCUGAACCAAUUGAUGUACAUCUGAUCUGAGAAAUGCUACCGCGAAUGUCCUCAUAUUACGCAAGCUGUCAUAUUGAUACAUGAUUAGAUUUCAAUUAGCACAAUGGACGAAAUCUAAUAUUACUUGGUGAAUCCCAUAUUUGCUAUA